AUGUCUUGCUGGUCGGCCGGCGUCGCUUUGGGGAUCCUAGUCCUAUUGCUGUGCGAUGGGCCCGGUACGGAGAAGGGUGCUAUCGAGGGGCUCGGCUGCAGCCGGGUGUCUCCUCGAGGAUGUGGUGGUAGCACAUCAGAGCUGCAGUUGCUUGUGGAAAGAGCCAAGAGCACGGUCUCCUAAACGCCUGCCUGUUAUACGAGUUUAUUAAUUCAAUUAACAUUCGAAUCUGUCCACAAAAACGGAUGGAAUCGCCUCGCAGGCAGCUCAAAAACACAAUAUUCUGGACCGAAAUGGCUCCUUGCAUGGAGCUAGAGAGCUGGAGUGAAGUUCAAUUUGAGACUUUUGAAACCGGCUUUGUAUAUUGCUGUCAUCCUGAGGUCUACCAAAUGGUGUCAGGAGCAAGAUCCUGGCUGGGGUGGGUGGACAGUACAGAGCCACAUUGUACAAAGGUGGCGAUGGGAACAGGAUUGGCACCCCAUGGAAAAGGGUGGUUCAGCAGGAAGAAUUACCUGUUCCACCCCACAAACCAUACACUGGAAUAAACUACAAACACAAAUGAAAAUGUAACAAUAACUACAUCAAAAAAUAAAUAUAUAAUUAAUAAUUCAACAUCUGAGUUACUGCAGUUUAGGGAUUUUAACACAGAACUCUAAAACUGGCCAGCGGCAGCCAAUAAUGCAAUCCCAUGUGUACUCAGAAGGAAGUCCUGUUGAAUUUAAUAGGGCUUCCUUUUGGGUGUGGUGUUAAGAUUGCUGCCUACCUUCCAGCUGAGGAACACUGAGGCUGAGAAAUAAGUGAUUUCUACAAAGUCAGCAAUGGCAGAUAUAUAUCAGUUUUACUUGCUGUUGUGGAAAUACUGUGUCAUCUGGGGAUUUGCCAGUAUAUCCCAAUUUAACCUCCGACUCUCCCUGGUCAAAACAUGGGAGCUCCGGGGUGAGUUUCAGACUGCACAAUGUACCAUGAAGCUGGGAACCAUUGCUUUAUUGCUGAGUACACACAGAUACAGCAGUUAAGUCUGUAAUGAUACUUUACAGUAUGAUACUUUACAGAAGGAGGUCUUUGCUCCUUUUCAGGCUGUGGACUUCACCUUGACUUGUCUGACAAUGGAACUCCUGCAGGACUGGCACGUGUUAGAAAGACAGCUGGAGAGCUGGGUGAGACUGUAACAAAGAUCAGUUCCAUUUAGCUGACACUGCACUAAGUAAAAUAAACAAGCAAUAAAUGGGGACAUCAUCACUGCGGCCUCGUUUCAUCCAUCUUCAGUGGCCAUCUGAUCUGUGCCUUGAAUCCAUGGCCUUGGCACUUCAAUCUGGCCACCUGAGCUAGCCAAGCGAUAGAUGAUCAUUAGAUGAUUUGUGCCCAUUAACACAAAGCCCAACUAAGAACCUAGUUUUCCCAUUGCCCUGUCACCAAUGCCAAAUUGAUUCUUCUGAUUUAUUCAUUUUUUACUAAAUUUAAACCCUGUCUUUCCUCCAGAAAGCCCAAGCCAGAGUACACAGCUCUUCCACCUUCCAUUUAUCUUCACAGCAACCCUAUGAGGUAGAUUAGGCUGAGAGGUAGUGGCUGCUCAAGGUCAUCUAGGGAGCUUCAUGGCCAAGGGAGGAUUUGAACCUGGGUCUUCCUGGUUCUAGUCAGACAUGCUAACCACAAUACCUGCCUAUUUUUUCAGACACCAUCUUUGUCCACAUUGGUGCCAAGGAAUUUACUAUCCCCUGCAAGUCUUCAGAGAUGGAUGUUGUGAUUGGUAUGAAUCCCACCUACAACUGGAGCCUGGAAAAUGAAGGUUAGGCCUUAUUGCUUGGGACUCUAGGAUCUUUCAGUAGAUGUCAGGGACAGAUGUGUGAGGAAAAGAAGAGUUUGGAUUACUUGGGAAAAGGCACCUGUUGGGGUCCCAGGACUGCCAAUGUUUUUUCUAGAAUGAUCAGCAACAGAGAUUUUUUUGCACCUCAGACUGAUUUGAACUUUAGCACCCAAGAUAAUAUUUCCCAAGCAUUUUAUGUUGAGAAUUAGUUUAGUCUUGUCUAUGCCCUCUGUGUCCUUGUGCCUUGGGCAAGAGCCCAUGUUAUGUCACUCCUCCUCCUAAUGCUACAGAGAGGCCAUUAUGUGGCUAAAAUUGGAGUGAGUGGGGAUUGGGCCCUGUGGAUUUCAUUAUGGAGCCCAUCUUUAUUUCUUAUACCAGUUCAAUCACUGCUUGGGGUGAGGCCUGAAGAUGCAUGAAAAGGUAACUCGCAAACACAUUGAUGUUAAGCUUCCCAGGUGUAAAACCAAGUUGGCCUGAAAUUGCCUGCCCAAAUUAAAGUCUGGAGAGUUCAACAGAUUGUUCUUCACAACAGGCAUAUUGGCAAAAACAUCAGAACUACUGGAAGCGAAAUAGACUCAGAGCUCAGCUUUUAAAGGUUCCUGUUACUUAAAAGUUAUAACUGAAGCAAGCUGUGAGACAACUUGCUUUUCCAAACCCAAAACCUGGUUGUAAAAUAGUAUCAGCAUGUCACAAAAUAUUGACUAACUGUACCUGCCAAUCUCAGCUACCCAGUGCAUGGUUCCUAUAAUAAGAAAAUAUGGUGUAGAAUGUCGGGAUUCAAGAAAGGUAUUUUGUAUGGGCAUUCAUGGCAUAAGGGCAGCAGAAAAUAAUUAGACUCUCUCGAUGCAUCCAUGUACCAAUGAGCCGAGAGCCACAUGAAGCUAUAGAAGUAUUAAAGGACCGGGGGUUUCUCUUGACCCCUCAGUAUUGGUGCCUAAGCUGGUUGUAACAGAACAUUGUUCUUCUUAGGCUGAUUCUGCCCUCUACUUUCAGAAACCCAUCCCCUCAGUGGUGAUGCUUCCCUGACUCUGCAUGAUUUUCAUACUGAUGACAGUGGACUGUAUGUCUGCACAGUCUCCUACACCACGGAUGGCCAGCUCCAUACUAAAACUUUCUAUCACACAGUGGUGGGUGAGUGGAUUCCAGAUGUCUUGAAGGACAGUGAAACAAAGGGGACUGAACUAUUUGACUAGAUGGGUGAUUGGCUGGAACCAGGAGGAAGCUAGUGGUGGGGGACGGACGGACAUAUAUUGGGAGAAAUGUGGGAGAAGUUUUGGCCUGUGGCCAGACGCUGUGGCCAAACAUAGGUAGUUUCUCUCUGUUCUCCUGAGGAUCCACAGUCUUUCUUAGGUGUUUACAAUUUCUUUCCAUCUUCUUGAACUUCUUCAUCGUGGACGUGAAGUGGAAGAUGUGACUUUUGCUGUCUUUUGAGCUCCUGUUUUUGUAGGAGAAGUUGCCUUCCAGAUUCCCCUUCCUCUGCCUCUUUCCCCAGGCUACCACAUACGUGCAGAGCUGCACGUCCUACUCCUUUUUCAGUGCAACUCUUGCGAUGAGGAAUUGACGCAUGGGUUCCUGAAGACCCUGCGAGAGCAUCUGAGCGAGGUGGUGCACCACCUCCACUGUGAACUUCUGCUUGGCGCCAUCAGCUGCUUCCCCACCAUGGAGAAACCUUUGGAUGAGUUCAACUUCCAGGUAGAGCUUGAAGGUCAGAGCCAAGAAAUUCAGGGUGUUUCUAGAGGAUGGCAGAGGAACUCAGGUUGGCUGGGUUCAGUCACAGUUUGGGGAGGAAGUGAAGUUUGGAGCAGGAGAGGCUCGUGCAGAAAGGCAGGAUUUCACCAGCUAGGACUGCUUAUUGAAAACACCAGAAGUAAGUGUAGCCUCAGUGUGUGUCUUUGCUGAGAACAGACAGAUUUUGGGUAAAGGUACAUUCCCUUGGAUUGCCGGAGGAACAUUUCUUAGCAGCAAGGGUGGCAAUGGAUAUGUAUCAUGAUCUGGAGGGUUGCGCUAAGUUGAAUUAACAUAAUUUACUUAACUGCAUUCAGGCAAGCAUUAUAUUGGAUCUAUUUUGCCAUAUCCUGGAAUGAGGAUUUGGACUCUGUGUGCACUGAUGGAAGAGCGAGCCUAUUGGCAAAGGGACCGUAACAUAUUUGUCAUUGUUUUCUAGUAUCUCCUUUUGGGAAGGGCUGGGAUAAGUUCUGCUCCCCCAAGGCUGAUGCACUGGAAUUUGAUUGUUAUAAUGGAGCUGUCUUGAGCAAUCUGCAGCAGGUACGUCACCAAACUUCAUCUCUCCCCCACCAGGAGAUAAGUUUGCUGGGGUUUUGUACCUACAUAUGUUGUUGAGCUGCAAAGGGCAACCAUGUCUUUUAUCUUCUGGAACAAGGCUAAUGUGCAUUGCUGCACAUGGAAUGGCUGGGGCUAUUUACUUUGAGGCAAUAAAAGCAAGAACCCCAUGGUUAUGCAUAUUUCAAAGAAAGGAUGGAUGCUUGCAUUCUAGGCAUUUACUAUGGAAUUGCCACAUUUUGUUCACUCACUCUUGUGAUGACCCUGUCAUCAGAUUCUUAUCCUUCUCUGUUUUCCCUGCAAUCCUGUUUUCCUUCCUUUUUCAGAAAAACAGAUCAAUAACAAAAAGCAGACCUCCCAGUCUUCCUUCCCCCACUCUUGAACCACCCUAUGCAUCUCCCUACAGGCCGAGGAAGCAAUAACCAUAUUCAUGGAGAACAACAAACGUUUCCCCUUGGGAGAGGCGCCCACCUCCCGCACCUCCUUCGUCAACACCUUUGUCAACUUCCUGGAGGGUGGAACAUGCCUGGAAGGUUAUGGACAGACCUCGGAGCUACAGGCACGCUGUCCCGACUGCUGUAGUGAGUGGAGCAGGUGAUCCAUGAGCUGCUGCCUCAUCCCUCCUCAGACGCUGCCUCUGGUCCCAUAGGCUGCAGUGUUUGUUCACGUCACUGGGAAGCCUCUCGCCACAUUUGUUCUUAGCUGUCAGCCUUUGCAAACCCAGUGCCUUCCAGAUGUUUUGGAACACAACUCCCACCAGCCCCAAAACAUCUGGAGAGCACUGGGUUUGUAAUGGCUCUCUUCUCUCUACCUUCCAUUCCUCUAGAGCAGUGUUUCCCAACCUUGGGUCUCCAGCUGUUUUUGGACUACAACUCCCAUUAUCCCUAGCUAGCAAGACCAGUGGUCAGGGAUGAUGGGAACUGUCGUCUGAAAACAGCUGGAGACCCAAGGUUGGGAAAGACUGUUCUAGAGUUUCACUGUAGCUCUGCCAGGUGCCCUUGGGCUGUGUACACUUUAGUUUUCACCCCUCGUGGAGCUAUAUUUCUCAGCACCCUUAAUAAACUACAGUUCCCAAUUUUUUGGGGGGGGAAGUCACAUGCUUUAAAUGCAUGGUGUGUACACAGCCCUUGGAUCCGAUCUUUAAUUCCAUUCAGUCAGAGCUAUUUUGUCCACCUGUUUAGCACAUUGCGCUAAGUAUGACUCCCUCGACUCCAGGAAGAGACACCCUCUCCACAACUCCUUUGAGGAGGAUGAUUGAAAAAGGAUGCCCCUUGGGUAGGGUUCACACGGUAUGAGGCCAGCUUGAAAUCCCUCUCUCCCUAAUCCCUCCCCACCCCUCCAGCUUAGCUGAUGGAGGAAUGAAACCUGUGUGCUGUCUGUAUUUCAGGCUCUGCUCCUUUCGCUCCCCACUCCAUGCCUUUAUCUGCCAUUUUGCUUGACAGCUGCGUGCCCUCCUGGAACAUAUAGUGUGGCUGCAGCUGGAAAUUGUGUUCCCUGCCCAAACGGAACAUAUAGUCUGCGCUAUGGGACAACUGUGUGCAUUCAGUGCUACCACAAUGGGUCAACCUUGCACCCUGCUGCCAGAACAGCUGCGGAAUGCAUGAGCCCAGAAGGUAUGUAUCAGGUGGGUGACAUGAGGAAGGGCUUCCUGAGAGACCUCUCUGGAUUUUCCAGCACUGGUUCUUGGACUUAGCAUACUGAGAGUCAAGCUAGACACAACAUGAAAUAUGUUCAAGGUUUUAAAAAAUGCACAUAGCAUCAGCUGUGUGGCUGGGGCUGAUAAGUAUCAUGAUUGUAGGGGGGUGAAGGGAGGGAUUUUAACUCUUUCCUUGCUGCAGUCCUGAGAAAAAUCUCUCCUCUGAAGUUGGGAAGAUUUGCCGCAAUGGGGAAUUUCUUCCCAAUGGAAAUACUAGCUCCAGAGGAGGGAUUUACUUCAGUCUUGGAUGCUGGACUUGAAUUAGUUUCCUUCAUUCUGUGUUUUAUUUAAAAGGUGGCUCCUCAUCUGGGUAACAGACAGAGUGAUGUAGAAGUAAAUUCUUACCACAAGACUCAGAACAGGAGAGUUAAAUUUCACCUCCUGUGAUCGUGUUAAUUAUCCAUCUCCCCUAAGGUGAUGCUCUGUAUACUUAAUGUCCCCUCAAACCUGUAUGUUAAAUCCAAAGACAGAUUUAUCUUCUGAUGGCUAUGUUCCACCUCCACUAUUGGAGGCAGUAUGCCUCUGAAUACCAGUUACUCAGAAUUACAGGUGAGUACUGUUGCACUCAUGUCCUGCAGACCUCAGUGAGAACAAGAUGCUGAAGGAGGUGGUCCUUUGGCCUGAGCUAGCAAGGCUUUUCUUGUGUUCCUAGGUACCUAAGAAACAGCGCUCCUAGACUGCAACCAUAUAUACGAGCAUCUAGUGAGGGAACAGUUCUGUGCAUGUGUGAAUUUGGUCCAAACAGUGUUUGUUUAUACUGGCUGCCUAUUUCCCUUUGGCCUUUCUUUCCACUGUGAUACUUAAGCUCACCUCCUGUUUAACUUUCGAGUUCCUGAAAUUACCGUAUUUUUCGCCCCAUAGGACGCACCGGCCCAUAGGACGCACCUAGUUUUUUUGGGGGGGAAAUAAAGAAAAAAAAUUAUUCCCCCCCCCCAGGUGCGGGGCUUUGCGCAGCUCUCCCACGGCUAGCGGAGAGCUGCGCGAAGCCGGAAGCCUGGGGCGUGCUGAGCUCAGCGCGCCCCAAGCUUCUGGGUGCAGGCAAGCUCUCCGCUAGCUGUGGCAGAACUGCGCGAAGUUGCGCAGCUCUCCCACGGCUUGCAGAUAGCUUCCUGAAGCCUGGAGAGUGAGAGGGGUCGGUGUGCACCAACCCCUCUCGCUCUCCAGGCUUCAGCGAAAGCCUGCAUUCACCCCAUAGGACACACACACAUUUCCCCUUCAUUUUUGGAGGGGAAAAAGUGCGUCCUAUAGGGCGAAAAAUACGGUAAUAGAGGCGGGUGCUGCUGCUGGAUAGGCAGCUUGGCUCUGGGUGCUGAGGAGAACUGGCACUCUUGAGUAAUCUGUGUCUCUUUCCACGCAGUCCCUCCAACACAUGGGUUUCCUGCUCUGUUGGUGAUCUUUGUCGUCCUGCUGCUUACUUGCCUCUGUAUCAUUGUGCUGUGAGUUCUGGGUUUUCUUCUUUCCUGUCUAAGCCCACUUCUGUAAAAUUUGGUGGGCCAAAGAGAUGUGUGGCUGGUCAUUAAGUGAGGGCAGGGUCCCAAGAAAUGACAGUGGCUGUGCAACCACUUAUCACAGAUAAUUGGGGGUGGGGGUGCCCAGGGAAUGCCUCCACUACGGGAUCAUAUAUCUGCACCACCAGUUCUCUACUUUCCUGGCUUCUGGGACUAGAGUGCACCAAACAGGUAUUGCUUUCAUUCCACCUUUGCCCUUCCUCUGAAUACAGCCCCCUUGCAUAGUUUCCCCACAUGCCUUUCUACAAUUUGAUUAUUAUCACUGUUUUCAGUAACCACCACCUGAUCCUGGCCAAGAUACCCUAACCAGCACACUCUAACCCAGGGGUCAGCAACCUUUUUCAGUCAUGGGCCGGUCCACCGUCCCUCAGACCAUGUGGUGGGCCGGACUAUAUUUUGAAAAAAAUAGUAAUGAAUGAAUUCCUAUGCCCCACAAAUAACCCAGAGAUGCAUUUUAAAUAAAAGCACACAUUCCACUCAUGUAAAAACACCAGGCAGGCCCCACAAAUAACCCAGGGAUGCAUUUAAAUAAAAGGACACAUUCUACUCAUGUAAAAAAACGCUGAUUCCCGGACCAUCCGCGGGCCGGAUUGAGGAGGCGAUUGGGCCGCAUCCACCCCAUGGGCCUUAGGUUGCCUACCCCUGCCCUAACCCAACAGAGUUCUUGGGCAAGGGGGAUGUUACCACUUUCCUAUGAAUCUAGCUUCUAUAUUCCUUAUAUGUGUCCCUCCCUGUAUUUUGCUUGUGGGGUUCUGGGCAACCAGAGCUGUAUGGGAGGGGUGCCUACUAAGAUCCACAUGCCUUAUGGUAAUAAAGAUUCCCUGUCUCUGUGCAGCUGCUGCUGGUACUUCCGUCGUAGAAGGAAGAAGAAACAGGAUUCUUUUCCUAAAGGCGAUGGCGAGACCAAGCAGGAAAAAGAAGUCACAGUCCUUGCUGUUCCGGACUCCCCAAAAGAUGACUCUCCCCUCUUGCCUUCUCCCACUUUGGAGAAUGCUGAAAAAGAUGACUCUCCCCUCUUGCCUUCUCCCACUUUGGAGAAUGCUGAAAAAGAUCACUCUCCCCUGUUGCCUUCUCCCACUUUGGAGAAUGCUGAAAAAGACGAUUCUCCCCUGUUGCCUUCUCUCACUUUUGAGAAUCCUGACCAAGAAGGGGUUAUGUUUCCAACUCCUCCCAAUCCAGAGGAAGAGCCAGGUGGGGCUGUUUCACCACCCCCUUUUGAGCUAGAAGAGCAGCCUGUUAUUGAAAAUGUUGUGUUUCCAUCAUCCUCGCCUGUCUCAGAUUUUGAAAGUACAUGA